UUGAAAUCUAAAAUGCAAACAUUCUUUGGAAAUUACUGGGGUUGUGCAGACCAGUCAAUCUUUACAGAAAGUUGUAGAUGGGGAAACCUUCAAUAUGGUGAAAACAAGGGGAACUUUUGCCAGAAUGAAAUGUACAACGGCAUAAAUCAGUUCUCUCUAGACAUUCAUAUUGAGGGUAAUCAUUCCCAAGAAUUCUCUCAAGGAGCCUGAAAUUCAGAGAUGCUUCCACAAGACUACUUUAAUUACCAAAAUCAUAUGAGAAAGCAGAAUGUGUAUGAAAGGGAUCCAUUCUUUUGUUCUUUACCUCCUGAAGAAAGAUAUCGUAUAAAGCUUAGUAGAGCUAGAGAUGAAGAUGAACUUUCUGACUACACCAGAGUCAUACAUAAUUUAGCACCUUUUAUGUAUGGGUAUAAUGAGGAAGAGAUUAGAAAGACCGGCUUUUAUGGAAUCCAGAACUUUCCUUUCCAUUUAUUAGGCACUCAGAAUGCCCAGAUAGACCAACAAGAAAUUAUAACAAAUGACUUUAGUGACUAUGACACCACUAUGCAAGAUGAUUGAGAUAACAUGUCUUGCACAUCGGAGUUUUCAGAAUCUGGCAAUGCUAUAAUGAAGCAGAAUAGUCACUCUAAUUCUUCUUGCUCUUUUGGAAUUUUUAAGCAGACCCAAGUUAAAUCAGAGGAUACCAACAUGACAAUACAAAAACUCCGUUUUGAUGAAGCCACAGACACUAAUUUCACUAUGAGCCCUCCAAGACUUGGAAGGAUACAGGAUAAGAAACAUGUGAGAUGUUACUUUAAAUAAUCC